GCCCCGCCGCCGGGCCCCGAAGACGCCGGCAGCGCCAUGGCGGCCGCCAAGCCCGGCGAGCUAAUGGGCAUCUGCUCCAGCUACCAGGCGGUGAUGCCGCACUUCGUGUGCCUGGCCGACGAGUUCCCGCAGCCCGUGCGGCCCGCCAAGCUGUCCAAGGGCAAGGGCCGGCUGCGGCGGCCGCGCCAGUCCCGCUUCAAGACGCAGCCGGUGACCUUCGACGAGAUCCAGGAGGUGGAGGAGGAAGGGGUGUCCCCCAUGGAGGAGGAGAAAGCCAAGAAGUCGUUCCUGCAGAGCCUGGAGUGCCUGCGCCGCAGCACGCAGAGCCUGUCGCUGCAGAGGGAGCAGCUCAGCAGCUGCAAGCUGAGGAACAGCCUGGACUCCAGCGACUCCGACUCGGCCCUGUGAGGGGCGCCGCCCGCCCGGGGACCCGCGAACCAAGCCCCAGAGGGUCCGGGCCCCGCACCCCGCGCCCCGGGGACCCGCGCGGACCGGGACCUCUCGCCGG